AUGGAGCAGUCACUGCCGUGGGGCGAGAUGGAGGCCGAGCACUUGGCGCGGCUUAAGGAGCUUAGAGCCCUCGAGGAUCGUGAGAUCAGAGAAGAAUCCGAGCGCGAGGCGCAUGCGCUGCAGAACAAGCUGGUCACCCUCCUCAGCCAACGGAACAAGUUAGCGGAGCAGCUGCAGGAGGCACGAAUGAUAUGCCACCAGACAGAAAGCAUCAUCGCAGACAUCCCCCGCAGACUGGAGCAGAAGAUUCGCAAGGUCGCGUUGGAGCGCAAGAGGCAAGAUGAGGCGCACAGCCGGCUUUUCACCAUGUACACUCGCAGAGAUGCCGAGCAGGCCAAAGAGGCGGUUGCCGAGACAAAAUACCGACCCCUAGCAAUGGCUACACCAAAUCGAGCACCUGUCAAUGGCCAUGUUUCCAUUCGCAUCGUCAACAACGGUGACCGCCCAAUACCGAACACAUCCACGGCACAUGCCAGCCAAGGACAGCCAGAGUCCGCCGCUGCCGCUCCCAUGGCGGGUGGACGCAAUGAUGCCAAUCCGCCAAGCCGGCUACGGAGGGUACGAAACCCGAGUGGUGUAGAGCUGCACGACUCGUCUGGCAAUCCCAUCGGAGAAGUUAAACAGAUCGACUCAACAAAUGAGAAGGUCCUGGAGUGCCAGCUCCUCCCUAUCAGGAGAGCCAGAGUCACGGUCCGCCCCAAUCGUCCAGUCACUGCUGCCGAUAUGAAUGCCAUCGGCGACUCGAAUGAGCACGCCGAAAAAAAAUGGCUGGCCUGCAUGAUACAAGCAAAGGGCGACAUACAGAGGAAUGCUUGCACCUCUUGCCGCAAUGGGAAAGGCCCAUUUGCAGAGUGUGUGAAGCUCGCUCACCCUCGAUUUCUACUACGCUGUGGCAACUGUGAAUGGACUGGAGGCACCUGCCAGGGGGCGACAUUGCAAGGAGUGGGUGUUGGUCAACCCCAAUUCGGUGAUGUGCGCCAACCGCAAUUCUCAGAAGCACAGCCAGCACCCAAAUACCCUUCCGAAACAGCCACUAGAGAGCAGGCAUCUUCUCACUUUGCGCCCUCCUCAUUUACACCAGCCAACUUCUCUGCCGCUUACAACUGGCCAUCCAAUAUGACACGACAGCUGGUACCACAACCGCAACCGCAACAGCCCCCGCAGCUCCAGCCACAACCACCACUCAGCAGCCCUCAGCCAAAACCUCGUCAGCCCCUUCCCAAUGGGAAGGGCGACAAGCAAGACCGAAAUGGCGCAUCUCACACCCCUUCCCAGACUCCUCAGCCCGCGGGCACUCCCCAGCCAACGGCUAGUGCCGAGGCCACGCCUCGCCCGGCUGAAGAAGCUGACGGUUCUGAACUGGACAUCACCAAAGAUAGACUCACUCUCAAGGACGACGGGAUGGUCUUUCUCGAACCAGAAAUUAUGCGCGGUGUUCCCAUAGCCAAGAUCACCCCGGAUCAUGCUUACUGGGAGCCGACCUGGCGGCCCCUCGAGGAGGUCAUCCAACCCAAACUUGACGAGUGGCAGGCGAAGCUCGCCACCUUGCAACGUGAUAAUCUCAAUAGCACCGAGAAGCAUGCCAGGUUCCUAGCCAAUCGCCAGGUGAACCGUGGCAACCAGAUCCUCGCAUUCCUCAGGUCGGGCGAACUGCACCCUUAUCAAAUCGUCGGCAAGCAGUGGGUUGGUGAGACGGGACUGACGUAUUACGACUCUAUUCAUCGCCUCGUUGCCUCACUCGAGGAGCUCCAGAAAUUCAACACCGAGCUGCGGCCCUCGCAAUGGCUACGCCAGCGACUGCAGGAGGUGUUCGAAGCCAACCCCCAGGGCUUCAACCUGAGCAAGGUUCUCCUCCACCUCUACCACGACCCGAAGCUUACUGCGCUUAGAGUCAAGAGCGGGUUUGGAAAUAUCGGUCGGCCUUCAGGUUUCAAGUUCGACAAGAAGCCAAGCAAGGAGACCAAGGCAGGUCCGGCCAAGGGCGAGAAGCGCAAGGAGCCCCACUCGACUCCGAAGAGCACGCCCAACCAUACCCCUCGCAAGAAGAGUGCUAAAGCAAAUGCUGGAACUGACGAGAAAGCUGGACCGCCCAGCUCCAAGCAGGAGCCACAGGCACCACCACAUGCGCCGUCGCCUCGCGCCUCGGCCAAGAAGCCUCGAGCUUCUGCUGCAUCCCAAGCCGCAACCGGUUCUCCUGCUACCAAGCGGCGUGGUUCGAAUGCUGCGGGCGCUUCUCAACCUUCUGCAGCCUCGUCCAACGACAUGGACUUUGAUGGCUACACCUCCACUGACUCAUUCUCCAAGGACAAGGUGCACGACAUUGACUGGCGCCUCUACCAGAUCAAGACGCGCUUCAUGACUUCAGGCAUGGACGUCACACAGUAUUGGCACUGGAUUCCGAACAACAAUAUCCCGCGCACCAAACGAGGUACCGAAGACAUAUUUGAACAUCAGGUCCUGCGGGACAUGAGACUCAAGGGAUCUCGGAAGAAGGUUGAUUGGGGCGUCUACCAGGACCAUAUAGACUUCCACAUACGUAUGCGGGAGCUGACUGAUAUCACCUAUGCCAAGAAUUCGCAGAAGGUCAUUGUUGGCACGAAAGAGGUCGAAGGGGUGGUCCACCGGGGCGAUGUGCUUGCUCAUUUCAAGCGGGAACGCACGAAGAGGCGAUUCCUGGCAUUUAUGAAGGAGAGAGGUGUAAAGAUUGUGCGCACAGACGCGGUUUCUAUCGAGAAAGCCUGGGACGAGAUGAACUCGGAGGUCCUUGCUAGUGACGACUCUGAAGGAUCUUGA